AUGGCUUCUGGUGCGCCUCGCGGGUGGCUACCGACGCUUGCCCAACGAGUUGCUUCAGUCAGGGCGGUGCUCAACCCUCCUGUUCGUCAUGUUUCCCGGUUUCCCCAUGGAUCUCGGAACAUGGCCAUCAGCAGUAGAGUGAAAGGCAAGGAAUUAGGUAAACCAGACAGACGCAUGGACAAUGAAGAGAAUAGGGCUGCAAUUGAGGAGUUCAUUGCUCAUUAUGGCGAUGGCGGUCCUGCCAACAAUGACGAUGGGAGCAAAAUUUCCAUGUACGGUGAUGAAGAUGUUUAUAGGACAAUAGAUCCCAGUGGAGCAGUCAAAGACGUAGGAGAUGGUGAAGAUGAAAAGGACCAAGGGGUCAGCAAGGGCACCUUUGGAUCUGGCUGGAAAAAUGAUUAUCGUAUUGCAGACCGUAAUGAGACUCGGUUGGAGGCAAUGAUGUUAUCGGAUCCCAACAAAGAUUGCAUCCUGGUGGAUGGAACUUGCAGAUGGCAUAGAGCACAGUCCAUGUUGCAAAUUUUCUCAGUAAAGUUGGCUAAAAUUUCUGUGGUCGAUGGCCCAGUACAGUUGUAUGGAUACAUUGCGGCACGGGAUCUUGUCGACCCAUUACUUAAUUAUAUUGUCAAUAUUGGCAGGGAUGAUCCCAUCACUGUGGAGAAGGGCUCCCUCAUUGAAACGACUGGCCCUAAACGAGGGAUUGAAUUGUCUUGCAAUGUUUUAAUUGAAUAUGACAUGAGGAUCAAGACAGGAGAACAGGAGAAAGGUGAUCUACAGCUGAUUGAUGGUGUAUCUAUCGUUGAUGAACUACUGACAUCAAGUAACCCAUGGACGAAUCGCAUUCAUGGAGAUUGUGGCGCAAUUGACAUAACUCAAAUGUGCAUUGAUUAUGCAUUUGAGGCGACUGUAGAAGUUGUCAUAUCAGAAGUGCAGAGUAGCUUUGAUUUGCUUCUCAGCUGUUUUACCAGUGGGCUGCAUGAGGAAAUUCGGCUCUUUGAUGGUGUGAUUGGCAAGUCACUUGGGUUGAGGAGGCAUGUGCUUGCUGUUAGGAAAGGGAAGUGUAUGGAUUUGAAGUUCAAGGUAGGCUUUGGGUCUGACUGUUGCACUGAACAUUGCCGUUCCUUCGAAGCGACCAAUCAUGGAUGUUCCAGUGAGCAAAUAAAGAUGGAGUCCGCUUUAGUCUUGGUGAAGGUGACUUGGUCGUCUUUGGAAUAUUCUCUAAAUUGA